AUGGAGGAAUCUCAUGCCUCCGAUAUUAAUAUUUCUCAAAGUAAAUGCGCUUUUGGUAUUGAUACAAAUAUGCAAAAUGAUUUGGAAAAUAUUUAUUUAAAGAAAAUAGAAAAAAUAUUUGAAAUUGAUCUAAAUAAAAGUCCAAUUGGUAAAUUUACUGCUCUACUACCAGAACUGAAACCACUAUUCUUUCACAUAUUUUACUUAAUAAAUGUUGUUACAAAGUUAACGAAUAAACUAUUUCCAUCCACCAGAAAAUACUUCGAACAACAAGCUGCGGUAUGGUUGAUUGAACAGCUUGAUAAAAUUAUUGAAAUGCGUUCAGAAAAUUCUAAGAAACGUCUUGAUCUACUACAGUUAAUGUUGGAUGCAGCAACGCAAAAUAAGGCUGCAACACUUGAUCUCCAACAAAAUGAUCGUGAAUCAAUUGUACCAAAAAAGUUAACUUACACUGAAGUAAAAAUCAACGUUUUUUUAUUUAUGCUUGCUGGCUAUGAAACAACGUCGACGAGUUUAGCCUAUUCUACGUAUAUCUUAGCACAGCAUCCAGAAGUUCAGGAGAAAUUACGAAGUGAAACUCAGAGGUAUUUGGAAAAUAACGAGAAAGAUGGGAAUCAGCCUGAUUAUGAUAUUGUUAGUAAUAUGGAAUAUAUGGAUUUAUUUAUUAAAGAAGUUUUACGAAUGUAUCCAAUUGGAAUUGCAGCUACGAAUCGUCAAUGUGAGAAAGAUACAGAAGUUUGUGGGCAUAAGAUAGCUAAAGGUUGUAUUAUUCAACCGGAUGUUUAUAGUAUACAUUAUGAUUCAGAUUUAUGGGGUCCUGAAGAUGUUUAUUCAUUUGUACCUGAACGUCAUCUAGUAAAACAUCGUCAUCCAAUGGCCUAUAUGCCAUUUGGUUGUGGUCCACGUAACUGUGUUGGAAUGCGUUUUGCACUGAUGGAAAUGAAGAUUCUUUUGACAAAACUAUUGAAAGAAUAUAAAAUUAUAAAAACGACUACAUUAGAAUCAAAUUUUAAUAUUGAAGAAAUUGCUAGUAUUAUUGCACCAAAAGAAAUUUGGGUUAAGCUAGAAAAAUUAUGA